GCGAAGAAGAACCAAUUGCAAAGGUGGUUAACAAGAAGUCGAGGGGAGGAAGACCGAGAAUUUUGCGAACAGGAAAACCCGGAAGGCCUAAAAAGGUCUCAGCGUCGUCAAGCUCUCGAGAAGUUGUGAAUAAACUCAUUUCAGUGGUUCCUGAUCCCGUAACUGCUCGAGAAGCUCAACAAGAUGAAAAUGCAGCGAAAUGGAAAGAAGCCAUGAGAGAAGAAUAUAACUCUUUGGUCGCAAACAAAACGUGGGAUCUUGUCUGUAAGCCUAGCAACAAAAAAAUCAUCGGAUGUAAAUGGGUAUUCGCAACGAAGCGAAAUGCAGAUGGAGAUGUUGAAAAAUAUAAGGCGCGCUUGGUAGCCCAAGGUUGUUUUCAGAAACGCAAUGAAGAUUUUUUCGAAACAUACGCACCAGUUGUUCGACAUCCGACAAUACGACUAAUUUUGGCAUUAGCUGUGCAGAAUAAACUUCUAAUUAACCACAUUGAUAUUGCUGCUGCUUACCUCAAUGGACAAUUAGAAGAGGAGAUGCCGACUGGGGUUCCGAUGUUACUAAUCGAAAGUCAUACAGUGGGUACGUUGUUUACUUUGCUGGUGGUCCAGUCGCCUGGGAAUCCAAAUAACAAAACGUUAUUGCAUUAAGUACAAUGGAAGCGGAGUACAUCGCUAUGUGCCAAGGAACGAAAGAAGUCCUAUUUCAGCGAAGCUUGCUCCAAGAAAUGGGAUUUACAUCGCAAACAGAUGAACCAACUACAAUAUACUGCGACAACCAGGGAGCUACUUUCUUUGCUAGAAAUGCGGUUACACAU